UGAUCUGUCCAAUAAUCGUCUCAACGGAUCUAUUCCUCGAAGCUUCUCAUAUCCUCAUCUUCAAAACUUGUCACUUGCAAACAAUUUACUGUCUGGCUCCGUCCCUGCUAGCAUAUGGCAGAACAUGUCCUUUAAUGAGAAAGCUAAACUUACAAUUGAUCUCCAUAACAACUUAUUUUCGGAUGUUUUAGGAAAUCUAACCCCCCCGGAAAAUGUUACCUUGAGGCUUUCUGGUAAUCCUAUCUGCAAUAAUUCUAACAUACAUAGUAUUGGUCAAUAUUGUGGACCUAAAGAAGAUAAGGCAGAACAAGACUCAACAAACUCAACAACUGGUUGUCCGAUUCAAGCUUGUCCAGUAAAGGCCUUUUAUGAAUAUGCCCCAUCUUCCUCAGUUCAAUGCUUUUGUGCAGCACCUCUAAGAAUUGGAUACAGGCUGAAAAGUCCAAGUUUUUCUUACUUUCCUCCCUAUAAAACUAGUUUUGAACACUAUAUAGUUAAAUCCUUAAACUUAGACCACGAUCAACUAUCAAUAGAUUCAUAUGCUUGGGAAGAGGGGCCUCGUCUUAGAAUGUAUUUGAAACUCUUCCCUUCCUAUAAUGAUUCCCAUUCUUACAUGUUCAAUACAAGUGAGGUCCGUCGUAUUAAAGGGUUAUUUUCAUCAUGGCACUUUCCUCGCACUGAUUUUUUCGGACCAUAUGAACUCUUGAACUUCACUCUUCUUGGACCUUAUGAAGAUUUACUUAAUGAUUCAGAGAAGAAAAAGAUUGGCACGGGCAUAAUAAUUGCGGCUGUAAUAGCAGCAGUUGCUUGUGUUUUAGCAAUAUCUGCAAUAAUCAUUCUCCUGAUGUCUAGAAGACAUAAGAAAUACCAGCACAAGUUUUCCAGGAAACGGAUGUCCUCUAAUAUGUCAAUCAAAAUAGAUGGAAUGAAAAUAUUUACUUACAAAGAAUUGGCUCUUGCUACUAAAAAAUUUGAUAUCUCAACUAAAGUUGGCCAAGGAGGUUAUGGGAAUGUCUAUAAAGGCAUUUUAUCUAAUGAAACUUUUGUGGCCGUUAAGCGAGCAGAAGAAGGUUCCUUACAAGGACAAAAAGAGUUCUUGACUGAGAUUGAGCUUUUAUCAAGAUUACAUCAUCGAAAUCUUGUCUCACUGAUUGGAUACUGUAAUGAAGAAGGAGAGCAGAUGCUGGUUUAUGAAUUCAUGCCCAAUGGCACCCUAAGGGACUGGAUUUCUGGUAAAAGUAAAAAAAACAAGGGAAGCCUAAAUUUUACUAUGAGGUUGAGAAUUGCAAUGGGUGCAGCCAAAGGAAUACUAUAUCUGCAUACAGAGGCUAACCCUCCUAUAUUCCACCGAGAUAUUAAAGCCAGUAACAUUCUUCUGGACUCCAAGUUUACUGCUAAAGUGGCCGAUUUUGGACUUUCACGGCUUGUACCAUACUCAGAUGAAGAAGGAACUGCUCCUAAUUAUGUGUCAACAGUGGUGAAAGGAACACCAGGUUACCUUGACCCAGAAUAUUUGUUGACUCAUAAGUUGACUGACAAAAGUGAUGUCUAUAGCCUGGGCAUUGUGUUUCUAGAGCUUUUGACAGGCAUGCAACCAAUAUCACAUGGGAAAAACAUUGUCCGCGAGGUUAACAUGGCUCUACAAUCUGGCACAAUAUAUUCCAUCAUAGACAGCAAAAUGGGUUUAUAUCCAUCUGAAUGCUUGGACAAGUUUUUAACUCUGGCCCUCAGUUGUUGCCAAGACAAUCCAGAGCAGAGACCAUCAAUGCUAGAUGUAGUGAGGGAACUGGAAAACAUCAUUGCAGUAUUGCCUGAAACCGAAACUCUUUUCUCAGAUGUUAGCUUAGACAGUUCUGGUAACAUGGCAUCUUCAUCAUCAGCAUCAGGAUCCCAUAUUACAAGAGAGGAACAACACAUGUCCUCGUAUGUGUCAGGAAGUGAUCUUGUCAGUGAUGUCAUUCCCACCAUUGUUCCUCGCUGAUGCUGAACUAUGCUAGUUUCCCUGACAUGUUACAAAAAAUGUAAUUAUAUUCUUUUAUACCUAGAUUUUGAUUAAUGAUAAAGGUAGGAAGUAUAUUAGGGACUUAGCUAUCACUACACUUCCCAUUUGGGACCUUGUAAAUUUUGUACUCGUUACUGUAAGCACAUCCUAUAGAAUUGGUUGUCAAAAGAAAAAGAGAAUGAUACAACAACUACAUUUUUUUUUAUUUUUUUUAAAAAUAUCUACAACCAAUAGAGUCGGUGUGGUUUGUCAAAAUUAAGGGAGUGUUGUUUUUUUGGUAUUUUAAG